UUCCCUCCGAGAGACAUGAGGGUGGACGUGCUUCUCUGGGUGUUACUGCACGCGCUCUGCUGUGCCGGCUUCCCGUCGCCAUGGCGUGCCACACCCUCCGCAGACCGCUGGGCCUUGGGGCGCCGGGCCCUGGGGGUGGCCCUCGACCACAUCAACCAGCAGGCCCAGGGCUCCUGGCUCUACCGAGUGACCAGCAGUUCUGUCAAGGAGAUUAUCCAUAAAGGGUUAAAUUCCUAUGAGGUUAUGCUGAAGUUUGGGAUCAGGGACACCAUCUGCCCCAGAACAUCUGCAGUGAACCCAGAGACCUGCAGUGUUAGGCUGGAUAUUUCUGCGUCCCUGGCAUCCUGUUCCAGUCGCGUGCGGCUGACUGGUGACCUCACCGAGCUCGUGUCUAUCAGCUGUGACAUUGCAAGCAGCUCCAGCUCUGAGUCCAGCAGUGAAGAGAUAUUCGUGACGCUGCCCCACACAUAUCCAUGGGACCCCUAUGGGAAUGGAGGUCUGGCUCCGCCCAUUCUGCCUCGACCCACAGCUGACUGGCGGAACACAGAUAACCAACUGAACCAUAAUGAUCUGGGACUUCAAGAGUAAAACAGUGAGGGAUACAAGGUCUGAUCCAGCCGUCCUGUACAUCCUUAUACAGGCUGCUUUUGUUGUUUCUGGGUGAUGUUUUGCAUACAAACCCACUGAAACUGAAAAUGUUUGAGGGAGUACAGAAUCUGAGAAAUAAACUAAUAUACUGUAGCUCAUGUGGUGCUCUUGAACUUCCCCUUCAAAGAUAUCAGGUUCUUUACCACAAAGGCUACGUUGAGCUGACAAUAGUUAGUGCCAUAGACUGCGGUAAUAAUGGCAUCUGCCCCACUGAUCAGUCAAAAGCAUCACGUUCAUCUCUACACAGUCAUCGCACUCUACAGUCACACCCUAACUGUGUGGUACCUUAGCGAUCAAACACAUUAGCUUUAACAAUACUUAGGCAGUAUAUUGUCACUGAUGGUGGACUCCUCAGGUCUAUCAUGAAAGCUUGAUUAUCUAUCAUCCAAAUAUCCAUAAAGCAAUGUGUAAGCCAUAAAGAUCUGGUUUAACAUCAGAUACUUGCAUAUUUGGGCAAAGAUCUUAGUACAACAGAAGCACAAGUCCAUCAGCUCAAAUAGAAAUAUGGAAAUAGGUCUGAAUAGGGGUUGUAAAAUAUUCCUGGUACUCUUGGUUUAUUAAUAUAUUUUGCUUACAAACCCACUUAACCAUCUUUUUACUGACAAAGAGUCAAAUUUACAAGUGCAUAAAGGCAAUGCCUGGAUGGACAAAGCCAAUUUAGGACUGAAAACAUUUACCACCAAAAUUACGCGUGACGCCAUAUCAGACAGCUAAUGUGUAUUGUCUUCAAUACAACUCAGCUUGUUAGUCUGGCAGUGACUGACUGGAAGUAACAAAAUAACCUCUAAACAAAACAUAGGUAGUAGACAGUUACAUGUUAGCGGUUCAGCCUUCCUCUAACUGCCCCAAACAGGGUGGUGUAGGUAAACUGAAGCUGACCCCAGGCAGCACCGGGCACAGACACACCCAGUCAUACUCUAUGGACCCAACCACGCAUCUCGGAGUGGUGGGAAGGAAUCUGAGUGCCUGCGGAGACCCACGUGACACAGUGACCACAGAAACUGUCCUUCAUUUUUUGUUGUAUAGUUAUGACUGAUAAUUAGAUGGCAUUCCAGCAGCAUGCUUCUCCAGGAAAAUCCCAGGUCAGGCUGAGCAAACUGUCCAGGUGCUGGUACCCAGCCACCAUGAUCCGAUGGUGGAAGAAGUUAUCUAACCAUUAAGACGCUCGACCUGCAGCUCUGACAACAGACACUCUCCGUCAGACCUCUAAUCCACCUGCUAGUUAAUCACAUUGCCAGCUUGCGUGAGAGGAGGUAACAUUUUCUCACUCCAGGGAUAAAACAAAAAGGGGGGGGGGGCGUGUGACAAAAUAUGACUCACACAUUGAGCUUUUUUAAUUUCGAGAUGUCGUCAAACGAUCAGUAAAGCACAACAAAGGAGCCACAGCGACACAUUGUGGUCAGAUUUAAACAUUUAUAUUGUGAUCUUCAGUUUAAAUGCAAGAGACAUUCUGAUUUUUAUUUAUUCAGUUAUUUAGAUAUGCUAGAUGUUCCUG